AAUAAUAAUAAUAAUAAUAAUAAUAAUAAUACAAUAGGACUCUGAUAAUAUAAAUUAUACCUAAAAGUAGUGUUUUAUGAUCGACUUCGUAGAAUAAACGACAACAAUCAGCAGCCGUGUAAACAAAGCUGAUGUCAUGGGGGCUGCACUGAUAAGGGCAGCUCAGUGGACUACAGCUGGUUCUGGGACUGGCAAAUUGGAAAUCACCCCCUUGAAUGAAUCCUUGCUGAAAGAGAUUAUUAAAUAUGUGGAAAACUUUAGUGCCAGACAUCCUCAAGAGGCAGCACUGGUUUUUAAGGAACCUCUUGGAUGGACAACAACUUUAGAGCCUUCUGCUUUUGGACCAGAUUAUGAAAUAAGUAAGUCCACAGUACAUUCAAAAGAAACUGCCAAAGAUGGACAACCCUUGUUACAUCUUUCAUCACACACCAUUCAAGUUUACAGUUUUAGUCAGCUGUCCAACAUUUUACAGUUGGCCCAAGACAAAAAGUUGAAGGAAGUGCGGGCAUGUCUUGAAGCUAAUAGGGACCCUGUAGCAAAAAUUCUUGGGCCAAGCUUUGCUACAGUAGAAGGAGAGGAUACCUCAAUGUUGCGUCUCUUGGACAAAGUGAAAGAAGAUGGUGAAGCUCAUGAAGCAGAACUGAAAAUGAAAAUGUUACUCCUCCUUCAGCAACUGGAUAAGCAGCUACUUAAUAAUUCCUUGAAGCAAAUGUCACAAGAAGUACGCCUUACCCCCGUCACAGUUAAGAAUGAUGUGGAAUUGCUGAAACGCUUCUGUGGUGAAGGAGAGAAGAUGGUGUUGAAGUCUGUUGAAUACACAUCAGAUUAUGAAUUUUCAAAUGGAUGUCGCGCUGCACCAUGGAGGCAAGUUCAUGGAGAAAUUUGUUAUCUAGUAAUUAAACCCGUUGACACUGAUUCCUUGUACAUCACAUGCAGUACGGCUGGAGUGUUUCUUAAUGGGGGUACGGAAAAGGAAAGAGAGGAAAUUGACUAUGAAAGAAAAAGUGAAGCGUAUAAAGAUCUUGUCACACUUCUAAAAAACAAGUCUCCACAUUUUGCAGAAAACAUCACUAAGCAGGAUUUUGCAAUUUAUAAAGAACCUCCAUCGACUCAAAAGACCCAACAUGUGGAAUUGGUUGAUACUGAGGAACAAGGCCAAACCAAAAGGUCUUACGAGAAUCAAGAAAAGAAUGUGCAUGAGAAGAUGAGACAACAGCCUACACAGAACAAGCCAACCCCCCCAAAAAAAUUGGAACCAUCUUUAAAGUGGAAGAAUCUUAAUUUAACUUCUUCCCAAGAGGAAAAAAAUGAAAAUUUCACAAUUAUAAAGACUGGCAAACCCGAUAAAGAAACUGCAGCAAAGGGAAGGAUCCCUCCUCGGAGUCCAGAAUUUAAAAACAAGGCACAUUUUUCUUCUGCACAUUUACCAAGAAGACCUUCUGCACGAAAAACUAAGACUCCUGGGGCUAGGGAUGAAGAUUUCAGUGAGAGUUCUUCAGAGAGUGAAGAAGAUGAAGACCAGCCUGAUCGCCGUCAGGAGUCAAACACAGACUUACCUUCGGAAUACUGGCAAAUUCAGAAGUUGGUAAAGUACUUAAAGGGAGGUAACCAGACAGCUACUGUGAUUGCAUUGUGCUCUAUGAGGGACUUUAAUCUAGCACAGGAGACAUGCCAAUUGGCCAUCAGGAAUGUAGGUGGCCUUGAUGUGCUCAUUAAUUUGCUGGAUACAGAUGAAAUCAAAUGUAAAAUUGGUUCACUGAAAAUUCUAAAGGAAAUCAGUAGGAAUUCACAGAUCCGGCGUGCCAUUGCGGACCUUGGUGGCUUACAGACCAUGGUAAAAAUCCUAGACUCCCCGGAUAAGGAUCUCAAGUUUUUAGCUGCAGAGACAAUUGCGAACGUGGCCAAGUUUAGACGGGCAAGAAGAACUGUCAGACAGCAUGGAGGAAUAAAGAGACUGGUGGGACUCUUGGACUGUGUUCCUGAUAACUCUGCUAACCUGACUUCAGAACAGGAAAAAGACAUUGAGGUGGCACGUUGUGGUGCCCUGGCAUUGUGGAGCUGUAGCAAGAGCACCAGGAAUAAAGAAGCCAUCCGUAAAGCUGGUGGGAUUCCGUUACUUGCACAGCUUUUAAAGUCUCCACAUGAAAAUAUGUUAAUCCCAGUAGUUGGCACACUGCAAGAAUGUGCUUCUGAGCAAAGUUACAGGAUUGCGAUUCAGACUGAGGAGAUGAUUAAAGAUCUGGUGAAAAAUCUUAGUAGAGAAAACCCUGAGCUUCAGAUGCAUUGCGCAAGCGCUAUCUUUAAGUGUGCUGAGGACAUAGUAACACGUGACCUUGUUAGACAAUAUGAUGGCCUGAAACCACUGGCCACACUUCUAAGCAUGUCUGAGAAUAAGCAACUUUUAGCUGCAACCACUGGAGCCAUCUGGAAGUGUUCCAUCAGCAUUGAGAAUGUGGCAAAGUUUCAGGAAUACAAAGCCUUAGAAACCCUAGUUGGACUGCUGACUGACCAGCCUGAAGAAGUCCUUGUCAACGUUGUGGGAGCUUUAGGAGAGUGUGCCCAAGAACGAUCCAAUCGAGCUGUUAUAAGGAGGUGUGGGGGCAUUCAACCACUGGUCAAUCUCCUUACCGGUACCAACCAAGCACUUCUGGUCAAUGUUACUAAAGCAGUUGGAGCCUGUGCUACUGAACCUGAUAACAUGGCAAUCAUUGACCGUUUGGAUGGAGUCCGCUUAUUAUGGUCCUUGUUGAAAAAUCAAAAUCCAGAUGUUCAAGCAAGUGCAGCAUGGGCAAUAUGUCCCUGCAUUGAAAAUGCAAAGGAUGCAGGUGAAAUGGUGCGCUCCUUUGUUGGUGGACUGGAGCUUAUUGUUAAUUUGUUAAAGUCUGAUAAUAAAGAAGUGCUUGCAGGUGUAUGCGCUGCCAUAGCCAAAAUAGCCAAAGAUGAAGAAAAUCUGGCAGUAAUAACAGAUCAUGGAGUUGUUCCAAUGCUGGCCAAAUUGGCAAGCACUACUGAUGAUAAACUGCGUCGUCACUUGGCCGAGGCUAUAGCUCGGUGCUGUAUGUGGGGCAGCAACAGAGUUUCCUUUGGGGAGGCUGGUGCUGUUGCCCCUCUAGUGCAGUACCUGAAUUCACAGGACACUUCAGUCCACCGAGCAACAGCACAGGCCCUUUUUCAGCUUUCAAGAGACCCAAACAACUGCAUUACCAUGCAUGAAAAUGCAGUGGUGAAGCUUCUUCUGGACAUGGUUGGCUCCACAGAUGAAGUGUUGCAAGAAGCAGCUGCUGGUUGUGUCGCCAAUAUUCGCAGGCUUGCUCUGGCCAACGAAAAGGCCAGAUAUGGUUAAACAUAUUAUACCAAUUCCAAAGCACUACAUUACCUGCCCAGGUAUCACACAUUCAUGAUUUACUCAGUAACAUUUUCUGGACAGACAAUAAAGGUCUUGUAUGCGGUCUAAAGCAAACCAGAUGUUUUGUGAAUACUAAAAAAAUAUAUAUGCUUGUUUGAUCACAUAUGUAAUAGAAGAAUGCUUUGUUUCAUUGGCUAUUUAGAAACAUGUUUAAUUGAAUAUAUUUAAUUUUACAAAUAAACUGAAUUCUACUUUGGACAAAGAUAUAUUUAAGCAAAUCCCAUUCACAAUAUGUUUUGCAUUGUCUGGUUUAUUAAAAAUAAAUGUUUUCUUCAUUGUG